AUGUCUAAGAUUCCCGCGCCGGCUGUCGAGGCUGGGCCUGAGGUGCCCGAAGUUGAGACUGAGCAUCUCGGCUUCAAGGUCCUCAACCAGGGCAAACAGGGCCCCAAGAAGGUCAAGAUCCUGCCCCGGCCAUGGCCCGCCGAUAAUCUGCCACCUGCGUGCGCAAACCUCCUCUCCGUCGCCUCCAAGCCCGCCCUUCUCGCUGCUGCCGGCCCCAACAUCCUCGUCAUCGCGUCCACAGACUCCGUGCGCAGCGCCUUCCAGAACAAGACCAUAGCCGAUGACAUCGCAAACGCCGAUGACCCGCGUCUCGAAGAGCGCGACAUUGACGUCGUAGCAGACUUCACGCCCGAUAUCACCAUCUCUACUCCCAACCUCCGCCAUGUCGCUUUCUCCGCCGAUGGAGAUUUCUUGGUUACAUCUGAUGAGGCCGACGGCGGCGUCGCUGCGUACAAUGUUGCGAGUGUCGUUAGCCAAGGCAAGAAAGACGCGGACACGAAACUGGCGACCGACGCACCCGUUCGCGCUCUCCUCCCAAACCCCUCCCCCGAAUUCGAACAAUACUUCGCCAUAGUCCUCGAUAACGGCAAGCUCGAGAUAUGCGAUGUGGAGAAGGGCGUCAAGAAGACGAUUCGAGAGGCACACGUCAACUGCGCCGCUUGGAGUGCGCGUGGAAAGGCUGUAGUCUCUGGCUCUAUUGAUGGCACCUGCGCUAUACACAUGACCGCUGGAGAUCUAAGAGGUAUCGUUCCUCGACCUCCAGACGUCGAUGAAAACUACGAGGUGACCGGCGUGUCGUGGCUGAAAACUGAAGAAUUCCUUGCUGUCUACUCUCUGAAGGACCAAGACCAGGACAACCCGGAGCAAAAGAAGUACAGCGUCAUCAAAUCGGCCAAGGGCUGGGGAUCCUUCACGUACCAUUCCUUUGUCUGGGAUCCUCUUCCCGAGGCAUUCGAAGCUCCACGUCGCCAACUACCUGCACGGAUUUCGUCCACACGCCUACAAAACUGGAAGCCCGAUCUCGACGACAUGCUUAUUAUCACUUCCUCCCAUGCAGACUCCAUCGCGAUACUUGCCUCCACAAGCAACAAGAUCUCCCCGGAUCAAGAAACCUGCAACGAGCUCAUGAUGGUCAACGUGGACGAUACGAAGAAGGCUCAGGUGCCGCGAACCGCUUAUGGAGACGAGGAAAUGGACAGCGUCUUCAUUGGCGAGGCGCUUGAUCUUUCGAGCAAGGAGAAGAUACUGCGCCCCAUUCCCGCCCUGGAAGAGAUCAACGAGGCGCCGUGGCCGCUCCCUGCAUACAUGGCUCUGACCCACGAAGGUCUUCUUGCGGCCUGGUGGGUGAUGUGGAACAAAUCUAUCGAGGCUGGAGAACGCUACCCCGGUCUCAUCUUCAAGAGCGAAGCCACACAGCAUGCGCCUUCUUCUACUCCGAGGGCAUCCACGCCUGCGUCCAAACUCCCGGUUGCUACAUCUACCCCUUUCAGCAAGUCCAUGGGCACACCCGGCACCCCAGGAACAGCUGGCAUCCCCCACUUUGGCAACGCUGGAAACGGAUUCGGUACACCAACUCCCGCUCUGAUGAAACCCCAACCGCCCGGCUUUGGAACACCCGGAUUCGGUACUGCUGCUACCAAUUUGCCUGCUCCAACUUUCGGUAAACCUGCACAGCCUUCAUUUGGUGCUCCAUCUACAAUCGGUAAGCCUCCUCAGCCAGCUUUUGGUGCUCCCUCUGCAAUCGGCACUCCCGCCAAACCUGCCUUUGGCGCUCCUUCUGCAGUAGGUGCCGGCUCCGGAUUCGGCGCAGUAGGUGGAAUGGGCGGCAAAGCAUCUCCAUGGGGAGCGACAUCUCAAACUUCAGAGUCAAAAUCCAACCCAUUCUCGGCCGCUGCUGGUGGUUCGUCAGGAUUCGCCCAAUUCAAAAGUGCUGGAGGAUCAAACUCCUUUUCGAGCUUUGGAAGCAACAACUCUGCACAAGCAGGCUCCGGGUUCGGAGCACUCGGGCAAGGGCAGCAGAAAUCUGGCUUUGGAGGUCUGAAGACAGAGCCAAGCUUUGGUUCUACUGUCACCGUUGGCUCUGGGACUGGAUCUUCGCUACCCUCCUGGGCGACUACGCCCGCUCAGCAAAGCAGCUCGAUCUUUGGACAGCAAGACAAGUCAUCGUUCAACACGGCCUCGUUCGAGUCGAAGGACUCCGAUGCGAGCGAGGCAAACGACCGAAAGAGGGACGAAGCUACACCUACACCACAAGCUCAGCCGUCCCAAGGCUUGUUCGGCCUUGCAGGUGGCUUCAAGCUCGGCACUACUUUUGCAAGUGACGGUACAGCUAAGGACGAUCCAGCGAAGCCUGCGGCUCCUGCCAACGGUUCCUUCUUCGGCAGUGACUUCUCCAACAUGCUAGGAAAGACAGGGAUGAAGCCGCCCGCAACCCCAGCGAGCGAAAACCCCCCAAGUUGGGUCUCCACGACACCAGCAUCCCCGCCAAAGCAGAAGUCGUUAUUCCCCAGUGACACUCCUGCAAGGGAGAGCGCAACCCCCAAGGCUGCACCACCUGUGCAAGAGCCCGCUACUCCGGUGGACGACGCACCUUUGCCACCAGACUUCACCAAGGCUAAGCCGGCGAAAACUGAGGACGCACCUCUACCUCCAGAUUUCAUCAACACAAAGUUGCCGAAUUCGACUAGCGACGAUUUGCCUCCGCUCGCUGGUAGUCCUGGCGUCGAGGUGGAAGCACCUAGUUCGUCUGGAGAUGUAUCUCCCAUUGACAACGAAGACGAGGAAGAACAUGAUCACGACCAUGACGACGAGAGCGAAGAGGAUGAUGAUGAGGAAGGUUUCUCUGAUGAGGAGGACGAUGAGGAGGUUGAAGAAGUCGACGACACAUACCCGCCAAACAAGACAACAAAGCCGCAAGCCGCGAAGGCGGGUACCUGGAGCUUCCAGGACAGUGUCAACCAGUCGCGGCAGUUCUUCCCCCCUGCACCGACUCCUCCCACAGUGAAGUCCGGCGCCACAUCACAGUCCGGAAGCAGCGCUUCACCAGCCCAGCCUUCUUUGUUCGCUCAGGCCUCGAAACCUGCCGCCAACCAACCAUCGUUCUCAGGCUCAUCGCUGUUCGGUCAGCAACCGAACAAAGGCCCCUUCUCUGGUAAACCCGAUCAGUCAUCGAUGCCUGCGAAACCGAACUUCCCGCCUCCGACGAACCGCGCCCAAGACCUUCGCUCGCCUAGUCCAGCUCGUUCGAGCUCAGCUUCUCGUCUCCGACGAGAACCUUUGGUCGCACCGGGUGCUUCAUUGAGCUCAUCCAUGCAGGGGUCCAAGCCGCCCACGCCAAAGCCACAGGUCUCCGAUCUUGAAGAUGAGGAGGACGAGCGGAUACGCGCACAGCUUGCGCAGCCGAUCGAGCCGAGCCGGAACCUGGAGGAGUUUGUCGCAUACCAGAACUACACUGGUGGCAAAUCACCUAGCAAGACGGGUCACGCCGCUCAGAUCGAGUUGAUUUACAAAGACAUCAACGGUAUGGUGGAUGCACUUGGCUGGAACGCUCGAUCUAUCAAGUCGUUUACACAAUACCACCUACAGCCCCAGACUGGUCACCAAAUCGAUCGACGUAUGCUGGAUGAUGUCCAAGACCAGGGACCUCACGGCUCAUGGUUCGAGAACUUCACUUUGUGCGAGAUUCAAGCCUUGCGAUCUCUUGAAGAUCAGCUUGAACAAGAGCUGGAUGCAGGGCGGGUACAGGAUGUGCUCCUCAAGCUCACACAGCUCGCUCGUCUUCUUCACGACAAGGCCAAGCUCAUGACUCGUCUUAAUGACAUACGCCGCCAAAUCAUCAAUCGCAAGGACCCCGAAAAGACAGAAGCUCUCCGAAAGGCACCAUUGCCAAAGGAGCUUGCCGAUGGACAGAAGGCUCUGCGCAACGACUAUGCUCAGCUUUUGACGUCGCUACGCAAGGCUGAAGAUGCAGUCGCAGUCCUACGCUCGCGUCUGGUGUCCCACAACGCACAGAACGGCAGCACAAAGUCAGUGCCUUCCAUGGAGGCUGUCAAGAAGACAGUCCUCAGGUUGGCCAAUCUUGCUGAGCAGAAGAACAACGACAUCCUCGUCCUAGAGGCCCAAUUGCGCAAGAUCGGCCUCGCAGACUCCAGUCGUCCUUCCUCAUCUUCAUCACGCAACGCUGGUACGCCCCGACGGUCACGCGGUACGGAUCUCCGCCGCAGCAUUGCCGAUACGCCUUACGCCACCCCGCCUACCAACCGCAACAAGAUGACCCUGACCGAUCUAAGCCGUCGUGCUCUAACUCCCGAAGUUGAGAGUACGCCUACGCCCAGCAAGGGCUAUGGCCUGUUUUACACACCCGAAGGCAGUCCGACAUCGGGCAAGGAGAUCGCGCGUUUGAGCGACCUGGUUGACGACAAUAUUGAUAGCUUGCGACAGACCGCCAGGACAAGGAAGCAGGUCGCUAAGGGUCUUAAGAAUGCCCUUCUCGACCGUGGGAUCAAGGUCACAAAGGUCGUCCGCGCGAAGAUGGCUCCCGCACUUCCUACGCAAGACUACUACGUCACCUUGGGAGUGCGACCUUCCGCGCUGUACGGCGAGAUUAAAGCGGCGUACCGCCGCCUCGCACUGUUGCAUCACCCAGACAAGAACAACGGUUCUCAACACGCCACCGCAACGACUCAGCUUGUGUGGAGAAGCCACCUACUCAAAGAUGCGUCCACGAGGAGCGAAUACGAUCGAAGCCGUCUACAACGAACUGCUUCGUACUCAGGCAGCCAACCUUACGCUCCACCUCCAGCCGCACCACAGCCGAACCCUCCGUGGCACCCGCAACGCGAAACACCAGCGCAAAGAGAAGCGCGCGCACAGGCAGAGAGCAAUCGGAUACGACAAGAGUGGCUCAACUAUGAGAGAUCUCAGAAAGAACAGAUUCGUCAAUGUCGUAACACAGUCAAGUCUCUUGAGACCGAACUUGAAGUCCUCAACGAGAAGGUCAACGACAAUCGAAUAAAGCUGGCAAGCGAUAGACUGUCCAAACUGGGCAUAUCUGCCUUCUUGAGCGACGGACUGAGUGGACAAGAGAAGAGCGAGAUCAGACUAGCCACGAUCAACGCAGAAAAUGCCAUUCGGAUCAAGCAGACACACCUAGACGAAGCAAGGGCGAAAGGCUUGUGGCUGAGCUGGCUGAGCAGGUCAGGAAAGAACGACUUGCGAAAGAAGAAGCUGAACAACGUGCGAAAAGAGAGCAAGGGAAUUCUCGAAGACAGCACAAGAAAGAGAUGCGAGAAGCAGAGCUUCGAGCGAAACAGGAAGCAGAGCAUCGGGCGAGGCAAGAAGCAGAGCAUCGUGCAAGACAAGAAGCAGACUACUGGGCGAGACAAGGAGCAGAGCAUCGUGCAAGGCAAGAAGCAGACUACUGGGCGAGGCAAGGAGCAGAGUAUUGGGCGAGACAAGCGGCAGAGCAUCACGCAAGACAAGCGGCAGAGCAUUACGCAAGACAAGCGGCAGAGCAGCGUGCAAGACAAGAAGCAGAGCAGCAUGCAAGACAAGAAGCAGAGCAGCGCGCAAGACAAGAAGCAGAGCAGCGUGCAAGACAAGAAGCAGGGCGUGCAAGACAAGAGGAAUCGAGGAGGCACGAGACCGGCUGUAACCACAAUACGUUGUGGGUCAGAGUUGAAGGCCAACAUACUUGUGCACUCUGUAUCCGAACACUUGACGCAUUCGCAAUGCAGUGUUUCGGUUGCGGUACCAACGCGUGUGUAUCAUGCGGACAAAUCUUGA